CGAAACUUCAGCUGCUGAGGCAGGAGAUGGUUAAUCUCCGAGCCACUGAUGUGAAGCUUAUGCGCCAGCUCCUCCUCAUCAAUGAAAGUAUUGAAUCAAUCAAAUGGAUGAUUGAAGAGAAAGCCAUUGCCAGCAGAGGCAGCAGUUUGAGUGGAAGUCUGUGCAGCUUGCUAGAAAGUCAGGAGACAUCCCCCCAUGGCAGCUGUAACAGUUUACAAGACUGUAGUGAUGGACUGGAUGGAAUAUCAGUGGGGAGUUAUUUGGACACCUUAGUGGAUGAUGUCCCUGGUCACCAAACCCCAUCAGAUAUGGACAAGUUCAGUGAUUCUUCUGCCAUGGAGGACUCACAGUCUCUGCAUAAACAUCCCAAAAUUGAUUCUGAUGAGUACUACUGUUUUGGUUAAUAAGAACAAGUUCCAGUGGAACACCAAUGCACUUGCAUUUAUCCUUUUUCUUUGCUGCUAUUUUAUUUCAUGUGCAAACCGCCCAAAGUUUUCUUGGAAGGAAAAUAUAAUAUGAUACUUCAGUUCUAAUGCAUAACUUUUCUAUUGCUUCUAAUGCAUUUUCUCUAUGAUGGGUUGGGCUUUUCUCCUCCUCCUCAUAUUUUCUUAAUUUAUUGUCACAAUAUUUUUUUUUGUUUUAAUUUUUUACAAUGCUGAAUUUACAAGUCUGUAAAAGCGGUGAAGGAAAAGCUUUAUCUUUAAAAUGAAACAUCAGGGAACGAGAGUAACAAUUUUCUAUUUGUUGCCAAUAAAAUAUCUUCUGAUAAAUACA